GAUAUAAUAAAAUUAAUUACGUGUAAUUAAUCACAUUUAAUUAAUGAAUCAACUGUUUCAAAAUUAAAUGCACAUAAUAUUCUGGACAUUUUAAAUACAUUAGGAGUUACGUAAUGAUUAAUCACAAUGUUUAAUGAUUAAGCACAAUUAUGAUGCAACCUCUUACGAACUGUCACUAUAGCGAAAUACCUAUAACCAAAUUUUACACUUUGGAACGCCUGCGUUAAACUUAUAUCGAAAUGACUGGAAUCGAAACAACGAACAACUAUUCUGUCGAUCAAACAGUCAAUUCGUCGUUACUCCUCCAUCCAACGUACUAACCCAAACCACAAUGAACAAACAAGAAAAAUAAUAUUCUCAAAAAAAUAGGGAAAAAUGUAGUUGAAUACAAGACAUCGUAAUUAAUCUAUUAACUCGACAAUCAUACAACUAGAACAAAACAAACAUAACUCGCGAUGCAUAAAUUAGAUUCCACGGAUUUCGCAGACCACGUAAAGUUGCUAUUGGAACUGAUGACAGGCAAUUCUAAGCAAGAAUCUGUAAACCACGAAAACAAGGACUAUAUUAUCAGCUCCGAUGAAUCAGAUAUCGAGAACAAAGAUAACGACAAGACAAAUGAAAACGAACAGAAUUUUGGAAAUGGACGUGAUUACGACACGAUUUUUCGCUUAAGCAAAUCCUAUGAAGAUCACGCGAGGAACACGCGAAAACACUUAAAGCCGGACACGCGUAAAGAUGCCUGGAACGAUUUUGUGUUCGAGGACAAAAUGUACAGAGUAAUCCCUUUAAGAUUGGACGAAAAAAUAUUCAAAUCAAAAUACACAACUUCCACUAAUAAGAGUCGAUUCAAACAAAAUGAUAAAUAAUAAAAAAAAAAACAGAAAAAACAAUAUCUUAUCGUAAUAUUUAUUUAUAUGGUAAAUUUUAUUAAUCGACAGACUGUAGAUAUUCGCGUAAUUGUAGCACAUUCAAAAGUGGAAAAAUGUACAGUAUGCAGUAACGUAAUAUCCAAAUUAAGAUAUUCAUUGUAACUUUUGAUCAGCGAAAUAAGUUUUUUCCUUAGUUUUUUAUUUUUAGUUGCUUUUUUAGUUUGUUUAGCCCUCGCCGUUCCAAUUACGUUCACAAAAAAUUAUGUUCCCGUUUAUCGAGGUUUUUAUGAUAAAAAUGAACAGUAGCUUGGAUUAAUUGAAAUCCAACUUUGAUAAAUAUAAAUCCACCUAAAUGGCGGGAUAAGUAAUACAGAAGAGAAAACGGUAUUCUAGCAGAAUAUAUAUUUAAACUACAAAAUCCAGUUUCAAUCCAUAAAAAUUAAUCCAAACGAAAGGAUAAGUAGUAAAAAG